GAUUUUCAAAUCUAAUUCAUAAACCGAAUCGGUUUCGGCUAAACCGACUUGUUUAUGAAGCUAUUCUAACCCUGCUUUUUACACUCUAGUAGUCUAGUGUGUUGUGUAUGUUGAAAAGAGGAAAAAGAUAAUAAUAAAAUACUGUUUUUGCAAUGUCGCGGGCGAUGUUAACGGCCGUUCCUUAUCCUAUCGCCGCCGUGAAACCGUCGGCGACGGAAAAACCACGGCAGGUUAAACUCUCAACAAAAACCCACAAAAAAGCUUCCGGCAGCAGGACCACCGCCGGUUUCGGUGCCAAGAAAAAAGAAGCUUUAUGGCAGUGCGUAACGAAUUGUGGUGCGUGCUGUAAGUUGGAUAAGGGCCCUUCUUUCCCCUCCCCAGAAGAAAUUUUUGAGGAUUCUUCUGAUAUUCAACUAUAUAAAUCGUUGGUUGGUUCUGAUGGAUGGUGCGUACAUUAUGAGAAAAGCACAAGAACAUGCUCCAUAUAUGGCGACCGGCCAUACUUUUGUCGAGUAGAGCCACAUGUUUUUGAAACUUUAUAUGGGAUUCCCCCAAAAAAGUUCAACAAUGAAGCUUGCAGCUGCAUAGAUACAAUUAAAGCUGUUUACGGCCCUGGGUCAGAGGAAUUGGACAAAUUCAAAAACGCUAUAAGGAACUAAGUUAGCGUAUGAGGAUCUUGGAUUCAUCAUCUUCAAAGUAGUGAGGCUUUUGAGGCGUCAUAUGGAUUGUUCUCUUGAUGAUUACAAUCUACAACCAUGAGAUUGUCUAGUAUCCUCAUUAUAGAAUCAGUUAUUGACUUUUGUGGUCAAUUUGGACUGUUCUGACCCGUGACACAACGCGGCUGGCCUGCAUAUCUUGUCAACUUUAGUCCAAUUAUAUGUAAUGUGGGAUUUAGGUAUUGAUUCACGAGGAAAACGAAAACAUGGUGCGAGAUGUACUUAUCAGAGUUAAAGUGAUAAAUACAGUUGUUUAUGCUGUUCUUGCAGUUAUUUAGUUAAAA